AUGAAUUUAUUUUUUAUAGACGAUGAAAAGACAAGAAGAAAAGAAGAAGUAUUAAUUUUUAGAGAAGAAUGGCAUACAGUAGGGAAAGAAAAGAAACCAAAAAAGGUAAAAACUAAGGCAGUAAAACAAAAUAAAGAAAAUAAGAAAAAAGAAAAAAAAGUGUCAGAGAAGGAAAAACAAGGGAUUAUAAAAAGAGAAGUUAUCCCUUUACCUCAUGACCAGAACCAUUCAUAUUCUACUCCUGCUAUUGUUGGUUCACCAUCUGUUGAAUAUACGAAAGAAGAGUUAGAAAAAAUCUUGGCUGAAUUAGGAGAUGGUUCAAAUUAUCUUCCACCACCAUUAAUAAAAGAAAAGAAUAGAAUAGAAAUGUUAUUAGAAAGAGUUAAAAGGAAAGAACAACAAAAAAUGAAUCAAAAGGAAAUUUCAUUUCCAUCAGCCACAACAAUAGAAACUCAUAAUAAUACUAUUCAACAACCCAUAAAAUUAACUCCAAAGGGUAAUGUGAAUGUAAUAAUAUUUUUAAUAAUAAUUCUUAUUAUUGCUAUAGUAAUAUUAGCAUUAUACAUUUACUCAUUUAAUUAA